CCAAAAGUGAGUGGGCUGUCAUUUCAGACCAAACCAACUGAACAAACAUCAGACAGGCAAAAAAGCAUCAAAAUAUAAAAUCAGAUUUGCGAAAGAAAAUUAUUUAUCUCUUUGAAUAAUUAUAAUACACGAAAAAUUGUUCUCUCUUUCUCCAUCUGCUUUUUGCUUCGUCUAUCCUCGGUACUCUUUUCUUUCUCUUCCCAAUACCGCGGUGUUGAACCGGUUUGCGAUGUCUUUCCGUUGCGGAGGGACAAAUGCAUCAUCAGGCAUGGGUGUUGCCGACCACAGCAAGAGCACAUACAUGGAGUUGCAGCGGAAGAAGGUCCACCGCUAUGUGAUAUUCAAGAUUGACGAGAAGAAAAAGGAAGUCGUGGUUGAGAAGACGGGUGGGCCCGCCGAGUGUUACGAGGACUUCAUGGCAUCCCUUCCUGAGAGUGACUGCCGUUAUGCGGUUUACGACUUUGACUAUGUGACCUCUGAGAACUGCCAAAAGAGCAAGAUUUUCUUCAUCGCGUGGUCCCCAUGCAUCUCUCGAAUUCGUUCAAAGAUGCUUUACGCCACAUCCAAGGGAAUGUUUAGGCGAGAGCUUGUGGGCAUACACUACGAGAUCCAAGCAACUGACCCAACUGAGAUGGACCUUGAUAUCAUCAGAGAACGUGCUAAUUGACAGUCCUGUCAUUGCAAAGAGUUGUUUGUGAAUAAAUUUUGGGCACUGGAAGGCUGAUUAGGGGCUCUCAUGUUGAUCCCUGUUGGGAUUAUGCAGUUCCUUUUGUUCUCAUGAUGCUUCCCGAUGGAAAGUGCCUGUGAUUAUCGUGUAAUUGGAUUUGAAUCGCUGGUUGUGACUUGUUCAUACACUGGUUCUGUCUUAUGGGCAUAUGAGCUGAAUCUGGUUGUGUUUCUUUGUAUUUGCAUUUACUAGUGUAUAGCCCGUGCGAUGCACGGGUAAUCUAUAUAUAUAUAAUAAGAAUUAAUAUUUUUCAAAAAUAGUAAGCAAAAAAAUAGGGAAUAUUAAUUGCAUUCUAUUUUUGGUAUGUUUUUUAAUUUUUUUAAUAAAAAAUCAAAUAGCAUUUAA